CACAAUGUCAUUGUUUUUGUGACAAUCGCGCGAAUUAUGCAUAAUCUUUCUGUAACGCAUCCGCAACUUUACUCUAGCAACUCGUAGUUUUAUAUAUCAGUUUGUCUUGAUCUCACGCUGGUUCUAUUUCUGGUUGCUGUAUGUUGAUUUCUCUAUUAAAUUUCUCUAUACACCACUCUGCAUGCCCUUCUAGUACAUAAGGUACCUUCUGACUGGAUGCGAACUGCUAUACUUCUGUAGCAAUGGAUUCGCUUCUCACUGACCAACAUAUUUGUCUCGCUGCUGUACAGAAUUCUUCAGUCUAUUUUUGGUCUGUAUUUUGUGAUAAAAAUUCUUCCGGAUCGUCGUCAAAUACAGAAAUAAGUAGUUUGGAAAUUUCUGAUUCUCCUUCUCUGACUUACAAGCCUCAAAUGACAGACACAUGUGUGCUACGAUCAAUUCAGUGGGAUCCUCGGUUGUGCAAGCUAGCUGUUAUUGACCACUCUGGUUCGGCCAUUUUUUUUCGACAUCUAUAUACUGGCAAGAAUCAUGAAUACGAUCAAAACGCAUCAGAUAUAACUACUUUCAGCUUGUUAUCACAGAAUUUCAUAGUAACUUGUAUAGCUUACCCACAGAGAUCAGGAAGAUAUCUAGCUGUUGGGACUAAUACUGGUCUCAUAAAUUUAUACAAAUGCCGAAAGCAAAUUUCAUUUCAUUCACAGUUACGUUGUAGUAAUAUUGAUUUCGAAAGUUCAUCUUCAAACAAUGUGCAACCUAGAUGUAUCAGCUGGAUUCUAAACGACCGUGUUAUCGCCGCUGGAUACAGUAAUGGAUGCAUUGUUCUUUUUUUAGCUGCUUCUAGUACACCUACAGGUGAAUGCGAGAAUUUCAUAUUACCAUUUCCUUCAUAUCCUAAUCACAGAAAUUGUUCUACUCCUGCAUGUAAUACUCUUAAAACUUCUAGACUAGACAAUACUUUAUUAUGUUGCGGUUAUUCUGAUGGGUCUAUUAUCUUGUGGAGUUUGCAGUGGCCUAUUAUUGGAAAUACAAAAGAAUACAUUUUGAAUCAUUGGGAUCCUAAGUCUUUUCUGUCGAUUCCAGUGGACAUAAAUGACUGUGAAUACUGCAUAGAUUUAGCUCUGUCAUCUGAUAAAUUAAUUUUUAGUGCAGGAGCACCAGAUAUGAAUUUACGUGUGUGGAACAUAUCUCCAUCUUGCCUGAAACCAAUGAAAACAUUAUCACCUGCUGAUAAACAACAUGGAUAUAUAAGUGUUGAUUUAGCCUCAAACACAUCCAUUCUUGCAACUGGCUUAGCGAAUGGUAAUAUUUGGUUUUAUAAUACACAUAAUUUGACUUCACCUAUCCGAUCUGUUUGCUCAGAAUCAAAUGUUCCGGUACGCUUGCUUUCAUUCUCUUUUACUUAUUGGAAUAAUGGCGAAACUAGAUUUAGUUCCCCAGAAUUAAAUUGCCUUUCUACUUUACCGAAUGAGAACUUUGAUGCGAAGUCUCAUACAAAGUUAACAUCUGUACAGAGCAUUGUGACAGACACACCACUGAGUUCAUCACGACAACCACUUCAUGAAGUUAAUAAUGUCAUAUCUAAAUAUCAGCCUGAUACAUGGGCAUCAUUGUUUCGUGAGUUUUCUAUACCAGACCUUUCAGCGCAUUCGAAUUCCAGUGUGUUUCCACCGUCUGACCAAAGUUCAAUAAAAUCAGGUUCGUCAGAAGUGAAUAUCGAUAAUGUGGAGAAAACUGUGUCAUUAAAACCAGAUAUUAAUCUAAAUAGAAGUCAACAAUUAAAGUCAUCAGAUUAUCAUGAUGUCAACGAUAAUUUAAAUACAAACUCAUUAAAUGUGACAAAUGAGUGGUUAGAUCAAUAUUUCAAUGUUCGACUCCGAUCUAUGAUGUCUGAAAUGAACUGGUCUCAUAAUGAGUUAUUAUUCAAAUUUACGAAACUGGAGUGGAAACUUAAUCAAAUGUGUGAAGAGUUCCGUAGUAUUGUUACACAAAUGAGACAUGAAAAUGACUUACUUCGGCUUGCAUUGAACCAACAUUCGCAAUUUUAGAAAACUACAUUAACUUCCUACUGUCCAUUCUUUUUGUAGUUUUUAUUUAUCCUAUACAUUUAUGGGAAUUUUAUUUGUAAAUUACAAUAAUCUUGAGAGAAUCUA